UGGAUUUAAGUUGUGAAUUCUCUCUGGACACCAAUAAGUAUGGAAAUGCCAGUUGGGAGAUAAGAAGACUGCAGCCAAAAGAAGGACCAUGGCUUUGGAAGAUGGAGUCCAGGCUGAGGAGCCUCUCCGGAUGUAGGAAGCCUGGUCGAACAGCCAUGGAAUGGGACAAUGGCACAGGCCAGGCCCUGGGCUUGCCGCGCAACACCUGCAUCUACCAAGAGAACUAUAAGCGACUACUGCUGCCACCUGUGUACUCGGUGGUGCUGGUAGCUGGCCUGCCACUGAACGCCUGUGUCAUUGCCCAGAUUUGCACAUCCCGCCGGACCCUGACCCGCACGGCCGUGUACACCCUGAACCUGGCCCUAGCAGACCUACUGUACGCCUGCUCCCUGCCCCUGCUCAUCUACAACUAUGCCCGAGGUGACCACUGGCCCUUCGGAGACUUCACCUGCCGCCUGGUCCGCUUCCUCUUCUAUGCCAACCUACAUGGCAGCAUCCUCUUUCUUACCUGCAUCAGCUUCCAGCGUUACCUAGGAAUCUGCCACCCCCUGGCCCCCUGGCACAAGCGUGGGGGCCGCCGGGCUGCCUGGCUAGUGUGUGGGGCUGUAUGGCUGGCUGUGAUGACCCAGUGCCUGCCCACAGCCUUCUUUGCUGCCACAGGCAUCCUGCGUAACCGCACGGUCUGCUAUGACCUGAGCCCGCCCUCCCUGGCCACCCACUACAUGCCCUAUGGCAUGGCCCUCACAGUCAUUGGCUUCCUGCUGCCCUUUAUUGCCCUGCUGGCCUGCUACUGCUGCCUGGCCCGUCGUCUGUGCCGCCAGGACGGCCCAGCAGGGCCUGUGGCCCAGGAGCGGCGUGGCAAGGCAGCCCGCAUGGCCGUGGUGGUGGCAGCUGCCUUUGCCAUCAGCUUCCUGCCUUUCCACAUCACCAAGACAACCUACCUGGCAGUGCGCUCUACGCCUGGCAUCUCCUGCCCUGUGAUGGAGGCCUUUGCAGCUGCCUACAAGGUCACGCGGCCCUUCGCCAGUGCCAACAGUGUCCUGGACCCCAUCCUCUUCUUCUUUACCCAGAAGAAGUUCCGCCGGCGGCCACAUGAGAUGCUACAGAAACUUACAGCCAAGUGGCAGCGACAGGGUCGCUGAUUCCACUGGGACAGGACACGUGGGGUCUGGGCAACCAUUGUGUUUGCCACUGUGGCUGGGAUACAGAAGCCCCAUCAGCCCCAAACCAUGCAGAGAAUUAGAGCUUAGCUCAGCUGAGCAUGGAGUCAGGCCCCCCCAGACCCCAAAAUUUCACCAACAACUAUUUAUUAAGCCCUUUCUCUGAACCAGGCCCUGUGGGUACAGAGAGAGACAAGCCUGGGCCUGGUUCUCAAGAAGGUCCCAAGAAGCCAUGGAGAGUUGGGGAAGCCAUGUUAAGCUGCUCACAAAAAUAUAGUACGACACGUACUGUAAUUGAGGAAUAUGCUGCAUACUUUGGAGUCACCAGUAAAGGGAGU